CGGACAGAUCGCUGAAGUAAAAACAAUGUACGUGAAAUUGCAAGACGAUAAUUGCGCAGAUCCGUAGGACUUUAUAGUGUCAACAACCUUCUUGAUGGAAGAACAAACUUGAAGAACUGCAACAAAGACACACACACAGAAGGACCAUGCUAUUGGGAGAAGAAGGAAAGUGAAUUUUUAUUGUCAACAAGAUGUGCAGUAUUAUGGAGCAGGUGGUAGUCCAUAACCAACGGGUUAUCUCUUACCUUGAUCUCCUCGUGGUACACCGGGUGAAGUUAGUGAAUGGAAUUAAAAACAUUGAGUGCAUCCUGGAUAACCUGCUACAUUUGGGAUACUUCAUGCCAGAGGAUAUAGAACUUAUUCAGCACAGUGCAACACGACAUGAAAAGGUUCGCAAAACAUUGAACAUUAUUUCGGCAAAAGGAGAAGAAUGUGCGGAAUUCUUUCUAUACAUCCUGAACUGUGCCAAAGAGAUUUACUCAGAUUUUCAUCCUUGGUUAAGAGAAAUUCAUUACUCCCCAUCAGACCGCCUGAUGAAUAAACCAGUGCUGAUUACAGAUGCUGUUUGCCAAUAUGCUGAAAAGCUCAGAAUCGAAUUGCAAAGAGAAACAAGGUUCACGUUGUCAUAUACCCAAAAGGAAGAUACCCUAUUUGAAGAUAUGUACACAGAUACUCUCAUGGAAUUAGUUAAUUCAACAAAUGAGAUCCUAGGAAGCAUUUCCUACUUGGAGGAUUUGUUCAGUGACACUGGAAUCAUCAAUGAGGAUGCAGAGACAGUGGUUGUAACUGGUGAUGCUGGGGUUGGUAAGACUAUACUGCUCCAGAGAUUUCAAAACCUAUGGUCCAAAGGAGAGCUGUGUACUGGUGUUAAAUUCUUGUUCAAAUUUAGAUGCCGAAUGUUUAAUAGUUUUAGAAAGGAAGAUAAGAUUUCUCUCAGAGAUCUACUGUUCAAAUACAAUUCUUAUCCAGACAAAGACCCUGAUGAGAUAUUUAGUUACAUCCAACAACACCCAGACUCUGUUCUCUUCACACUAGAUGGGUUUGAUGAAAUUAACAUUGACUGUCAUCUUAGUGAUAUCCCUAUAAUCUCUUCACCCUUUGACCCGUUACAUCCUGUUGCCCUGUUAAUGAGCCUUCUUCAUGGUAAGUUAUUAAAAGGUUCCAAAAAACUAUUGACAGCAAGAACUGGCACAGAGCUACCACUGAGAAUGGUGAGGAAGAGAGUGACACUAAAGGGCUUUUCCAAGGACCAUUUGCUGCAAUAUUUGAAGAAGUUCUUCAAAAAUGAGACCCAGCGAAGUUUUGUUUUAGGCCAGCUGGAGACAAACCCCCACCUGAGCAAUUUAUGUUCAGUGCCAUUGUUUUGUUGGAUUAUAUUUAAAUGUUAUGAUUGUUCGCAGUCCAAUUGUAGUCCCCAGUGGUUAUCACAUUCUGUUAUACUGACUGAUAUUUACCUGGUGAUGAUUGAAGUCUUCCUCAACCAUUCUUCUCAGGCCAAUCCAAAUAAAAAAAGUGCACGAAGCCGGGUAAACCUGUUUAGAACCAAAAAGGAAAUCCUCAUGCGAAUUGGUAAGCUAGCUCUAAAAGGCAUUGAAAAUAGAAAUUUUACAUUCAGUCAGGGGACAGUCACAGCAGCAAAUAUUUCAGAAGAAGAUUUACAGCUGGGCUUCAUCAAAACUGUUGGCCAUUAUAAUGGACUUGGGAACCAAUCAACUUAUGAAUAUAUUCACAUAACACUUCAGUCGUUCUUUACUGCAUUUUUAUUAGUUCUAGAUGAUGAGAUCUGUCCAUCUGACUUUCUUGCACUCUUCAAGAAUAAUAAUGUACCAAAACUGUCAAACAACAAGCUAAGUGAUUCAGCUUUAGCUUUCUUGAGCCCUACGAAGUAUUCCUCGACACAUAUCCUCAAGCCUUUCAGCAAACAUCUGCAAUUUACCAUGCUGUUCCUCUGUGGCUUGCUGUCGAAUAGCAACACUGAUCUGUUGCUAAACCUCGCAUCUCCAGCGACCAUUAAGAAAAAGCAAUCAGUGCUGGCGUCUUACUUGUCCAACUGCAUGAAGACAUACUUGAAAAAGCUUCCUCGCUUGUGCCUUGAAGACGGCUGUAAGGUUCAUGUGCUACCACGUUUUUUAUGGCUGAUAAGGUACAUAUUCGAAAUGCAGAAUGGAGCAACAGCCAAACUGGCAGCCAAAGGGAUCCAUGCUGAUUACAUAAAGCUGAACUACUGCAAUGUUUCUUCUGUAGACUGCGGUGCCCUUGCUUUUACUUUGCAUCACAUCCGAACACCCCUUGCACUGGAGAUGGACAAUAACAACAUCAAUGAUUAUGGGGUGAAGAAAAUGGUCUCCUGUUUCAGUCAGCUCACAGUCCUCAAGUUGAGUGUAAAUCAGAUCACAGACCAAGGAGUUCACAUCUUGGUAGAAGAACUCAAAAAGCAUCAGAAGAUCAGAUCACUCGGACUUUAUAAGAAUUACAUUAGUGAUGUUGGCGCAAGGGAUGUUGCUGAACUGAUUGAAGCUUGCUCCAGUCUUGUCAAUUUAAGGAUGGGAGCAAACAUGAUCACCCAUGAAGGAGGAACUUGCUUAGCUAAAGCAAUCCAAAAAAGUAAAACCAUUGAAGACACCGGGUUCUGGGGAAAUCAGAUAGGAGACAGAGGAGUUGUAGCCUUUGCAGAGGCAUUGGAAAAUCACCAGAGUUUGAAGAAUCUGAGCCUCGCAGCAAACCAGAUCUCAUCAGAGGGCAGCAAACAUCUGGCCAAGGCACUCUGCAAGAACAGCUCACUAAAAAUACUCUGGUUGACUCAAAAUGAUUUAGAUGAUGCAUCAGCUGAAAGCUUUGGUGAAAUGCUAAGAGUUAACACAUCUCUGGAAAAGUUAUGGUUGAUUCAAAACAAGAUAACAACCCAUGGAGCCACAUACCUCCUUCAGUCACUCAGAGAAAACACCACUAUAAAUGAAAUCUGCCUGAAGGAUAACUGGAUUCCACCAAAUGAUGCCAGUCAUCUUAUGAAAGACAAACGCAUCAUCAUCUAGGCCAUUAUCGGAGCAGUGACGGUUUGCAGCACCAUGGGGACACCUUCAUAACUUUCUCACCUUUAAAUCAGAGGGUGAUUUGUUCAAGUGCAUCUCCAGAGACCUGAGGAUACAAUAUAGUCUGACACUGCCAGAGCAGAAGUAAAGGGGUUUAUAUCACUUAGUGAAGGGUGUGUAUCAUUGAUAAUAUAUUAUCUGUGGAUGCAAUGUUAAAUCAUAGCCAGUUUUACCUGUCUAGUACUAAU